AACUACACACUCCAAAAUUCUCUCUCCCAACCAAUACCAAAGAAAAGCACGAGGACCAAGAGAGGAGGGAACAUAUGUCGGAGAAGGAGUGCAGCCACCACAAGGACAAGCGGAGGAAGAGGCUCCGGCGGUUUUUCGGUGGACUCCUCAUCUUGAUCUUCAUCAUCCUAAUAAUCGUCCUCCUAAUAUGGGCCAUCCUCCAGCCCAAGAAACCCCGCUUCGUCCUCCAAGACGCCACCGUCUACGCCUUCAACGUCACGGCACCAAACUUCCUCACCUCCACCAUUCUAGUCACCAUCGCAUCCCGUAACCCAAACGACAAGAUCGGUGUCUACUACGACAAGCUCGACAUCUUCGCCAUCUACCAGAACCAGCAGAUCACCUACUACACCGCCAUACCAUCCACGUAUCAGGGCCACAAGGAAAUCAACGUUUGGUCACCCAUAGUGUCAGGCGUCAACGUCCCCGUGGAUCCAUACAACGGCGUUGGACUCAGCCAGGACCAGGCCGAUGGAACAGUCAUUCUUACCAUCAGGAUUCAAGGACGGGUUAGAUUCAAAGUUGGCACCUUCGUCUCUGGACACUACCACCUCACACUUUUGGGCAGCACUAACAUAUACUAAGACCACUUGUUUGAA